AUGAAACGCAAUACUCGAACGCAACCCCCGGAACGCUCUUCCAAUGGGAAUCACCUGAUGAUCGAUGUGAAUGAAGACGGGCUCGUGCAAGUUGUAACCCAUUGCAUCGGAACCGGAUCCAGUUCAGAAAAAACUUCAGAGCUUAUCACAAACAUCAUCAACGCCCCGCCACUGCAUCCAGCUCUGUUCGAUGGAACGUUCCGGUACGACGGAGAAUCAGUGGACAGUGAGUCCGAAUGGAGUUUGUCGAUGGCAACGGAAACAUCCCAGGAAAGUGAAUCGGAAAUGAACCUGGAAGAAGUUGACAGCAGACCAGUGUUUUCGAUUCCGGUGAUCGAACCGAGCAGUGACUGGAGGGAAUCAAAAAGGCAGUCGAUCUCGGUGGUGAGCAAAGUUCAAGGACACGCCGUGGGAGCUGUGAUCGAUUCGGAGAGUACAGUUUUGAUGCAAUUAUCCAGGGAAAAUGUUGGCGGCCAUAACAAGUUGAUGGAUGAUAUGAUGGAAGUCAAUGACAUGUUAAACAGCCAAAAUAGUGUGGUAAUUUUGAAGUACCCGAGUUUGGAAGAUUCGCAGGGAUCGAGAAGGAUCCAGGAAAGUUACAAAGAAACGGCAAAGCAGAUGAUGGAGUUAACGGAGGACGUAUUAAGAAAGGUUCAAGGAUCUACCAGGGAAUCAAUUCUGGUAAAGCUACAGCGUGCUUUGGGAGAGAUUCUUUCUCAACCGGAAGACACUAUCGUGGUUCAUACGUUCUCCAAAGAGGGCACAGAGAAAACAACAUCGGAAGCAUUUGUUGGAUAUUUUAGCACAGAGGACGAAUCUGUGAUUUUAGUACAAGCUCCUAAAUCAAACGAAAAAAAUACUGAGAACAUUUCUGUUAGUGAAGAUGAAGAACAAAUUUCCGUAGACCGAUUGAGAAGCUUCCUUCAGGAAUGCCUACAAGGUCAAGAUGAUAUCAUGGAGGAAACAUUCGACACAGAACCGGAAAUAACGAUCAACAAAUCGGGAGAUUUCGUUGUAGGAGUUUUAAGCUUUCCAAAUGCAUCUACUGCGGUGAUGAAGACGACCGUUCAAAAUUUUCCACUUGAGCAGGACCACGCUGAAAUGGUGCAAUCAAUGAAAAAUCUCUAUCGGAACCUAGUUCAAGAAUCUAGUGAGAAGCUGCUUAUUCAAACACACUCUGAUGGUGAUCGUGACUCCAAAUUAGAACAGAUCAAAACUGACUUGGACGAGUCAAUGAAGAGUGGUGACCUGGAAAGUCAUGCAUCAGGUAUAAGCGUACGACAGAGUGAUGAUAAAGUCAUCGGUGUUCUGAACUACUCAGGUGGGUCGAUUGUGAUUCAGACUUCUAGUAAAAACUGGUUCAAAGUUCACUCCAGUGCCAAUCCAAAAGACUUGCUGAAUAGCAUUCGACUAUUGAUCGAACAGUUUAUCACCAACAACGAGUUGAAUGACGUAGAUCUAAGAUCAUUGGCUACAAUCAUCGUUCAGGUGUUUCAUAGUUCCCGCGUUGAUCUACCGGAAGAAUUUAUCAACAAACACGUGCUGCAGAAAAUUUCAUUCGUUGUCCAUCAGUUGAUGAAUCCAUCGGAUAGAGAAGAUCCACUUUCAGUUAUUAACCAGAUUCGAGAGAUCGUGGAAGAUAUUCCUAAAGCCGAAAUUAAAGAAACUCGCCCAGAAGACUUCGAUUAUCUAGAACUAUUAAAAUCCUACUUUGAUGAGCUGAUAUGUGAAGAAAACACUCAAUUUGACAAUGAUUCCAUUAUUCGCACUCUCCGUGAAGCCAUCCUGAACGUCCUUAUCCAUUACGAAGCUUCUCUCUCGAGCGCUCUUGAAGAGCUUUUAGAACUUCUCAAAACUAUUCCAGCCGAAAGCAUCGAACUCCACUCACCCUUAAGGGUAACAAGUUGCCCAGGAACGACUGAUAUCACCGACGAACAUCUGCACCUGCAACGGCUCCCCUCCGACAGUGCAUCCCUCGAAGUGGUGCAGCAUAUCCACAACCUUCUGAGCGUCGAAGAACCCCCGGGAGGUCGUGAAGUGUCCUAUAUAUCCUUGUUCCAAACCCUCUUUCUAUCUUUAGUCAAGAUCAUCGGCGGUUGGAGCUUUCGAGUGAAGUCCUUUCUUGGCAAGGAACCUCGGCAGGCUUUUUUGGCGGAACCCGAACCAGACCUAGAACCAACACCCGAACCCAGUUCGUCCCUAACUCGAAAACCAUCUGUUUCGUUCCACCUGAUCCAAUCGGCGGAAUCGAACGAGGAAACCCCAUCGGAUAUCUCCCAGCAGCUCGAAGAAGAAUGUCAAACGCUAAAUAACACAAUAGAUGAGCUGCGUCACUUUUUGGAGAAGUCGUUGAACGUUCCUGACAAGUGGGACCAAGAUCGGAAGGGAUCGCGAAUGGAGUUCCUCGAGGGAUCGCCAGGAAUCAAAAACCGGAUGCUGCACCUGUUCUCCCAGCUGCUUGACGAGGCGGGGAAGUUGAAGGUGACGGACAAAUCAAACGAUUCGAUACAUUUGCGGCUGGAUUCGGCUUCUGGGGAGCUAGAACGCAAGGAAGGUGAGCAGUACGUAGUACUGAAUGGAAACGUUCGCGAUCACAAGCACAAUUUGGGGUUGUUCUUCGAAGCAAGGAUGAUCGAUUUGAGAUAUGCUUCGAAGUUGGAAUCGGAAGUGGAAUGCGUGAAGGAAGUUCGUCGGCUGUCGGAUGAAUCAGACGAGUUUGAUUUGGGUAACUUGGUUCCCGAGAUGGUCGAGUCCUGUAUGGCGGAGGUAGGAAGUGACCUGGGGGAUGCUGCUGCUGCCAUACAGACGAGUGGGGAUGAAUUCCGGAUGCAGGAGAAUCUUAGUAGGUAUUUUGAUCUGAUUCAGAACUACAUCCAGGAAUCGAUGGAACCGAUGCGAGAAACCUUGGAGGUUAUUUUGGAAAGGUUGACAAUGGAUGGGACGGAGAAGAUUCGUGAAAUACAGUCUAGUUUUAUUCAUACUAGCAGGAAUUUGGCGGAUGAUUAUAUUGUCGAGAUGGUUGAAGAUGAUUGCCAGGAGGAGCUGGCUUUGGGAGAUGAUGAAGAAGAAGCUGAGUCGACUAAAUGCGUUGCUGCAGUGGGAAACCAAACUGUUCAAACCAACGAAGACUUGAAGGACGAAACAACCCGACUCGAUAGCAUUGAGCAUGAACUAAGAGAUUUAAAGCAACAGCUAAAGAAUCUCUGUGCCAUUCUCCGUCCACCACCAGCCAUUGAAAGGUCCCAGUCUGCAAGCACUGAGUCGAGUCAAACAAAAUCUUUACUUACGAUCGUGGAGCCAUCUGCGCUUACCCUGGAAGAAAUCGAAGCUCGUCUAUCGGUAACGGUAGAGAUUGUUCCCGAUACGGAAGAAAGGAAUCAAUCGGAACUGUCUGAUGUCAGUGACGUACGUAAAGAAUUUUUCUCAGCAAUGCAGUGUCCCGACGAAGUUGUGCCUGAGAGUGAUGAGAAACCCUCAACGAUUGAUUCAAUUCGGGGUUCUCACGAUGAAGAUACUCAAGCUGUCACAUUGGAAAAACACUUAUCAUUGACUACGGACGUUGAAAGAUCAAGCGAAGAAGUUAUUGAACAGCCUCGAUUUGAUGACUAUCGUAGAUCAACUGUUGAUCCAACCGAAAUUGAUGACAGACAAGAUAGACGAGUGCUGAGCUUCGAAGAAGCAGUUAUUGAACAGUCUCAACGAAGAUCAACUGUCGAUCUUGCAGAAAUUGCAGAUGAAGUUGAAAUGGAAUCCGAAGCCAGUAGAACGAGUUUAAAAAAGCAGUUAUCACUAACGAGAUCAAGCGAAACUGUACUGGGACAGACUGCUAACGGAAACCAAGGCGAUCCAAUUUCGAGUAUUGAAGAAAAUGUAUCGUGCAAAGAUAGUUUGGAUGACCGGUCAUCGUUGACAAUGGAGCGUGCAAGGCCAAGCAAAGCAGUUACAGAUGAGCUCCAACUGGAUGAAAAAUGUAAAUUAACUAUUGGUUCUACCGUGACUGCUAACGAUCAACGAGACAGUCGUGUACUGAGUUUUGUAGUGCCAACAGAGUCUAUCGAGACGCUGCAACCUUCUACGAUCUCACAAGGAAGAGAAAGAAUAUCAAGCUUGAAUCAGACUAAUACCCUGAAAUCAAUGCAAGAAGUGAACCAGAGCCGUAAAUUAUCGAUUACUUCAACCCGAGGAUCGACAACAUCUAAGUAUAUCACUGAAGAGCAGAGUAUACCACCAAGGAAGAGUAACCUUGAGUUAGAUGAAAUUUGCGAUCUGAUGCUGAGUUACCAAUGCCCUUUGACUGAUGAAAUCGGGCGGAAAUUCAUUUGUCCUGCAGAAAUCUAUUCGUGCCAUCCGGUUGGUCCUAACCAGUUGAUGGUUCACUGGGAAGUUGCGCCGCAGUUCCUCAAGCAAAUCAGCGGCUACAAGGUCUACGUAGACGGGGAAGCACGCUCGGUUUGCUACUCACGACGACGCAGAACUGCCCUUAUUGAAGAUAUCAACCUGAGAAAUCAACAUAGAAUCGCUAUCUACUGCACUCCAGAGGCUUCAGCUCGGGAACUGGUACAAUGGGCUCCAGGGAUUUUCUUCUAUCAUCUUUAGUGAACAAAA